AUGGCGAGGCUGGGGCCAGCAGGAGGAGAGUUUAUUAAGUCAGACCCUCUUACUACUCCCUCGGAGACAGUCAGACCCUCUACUACUCCCUCGGAGACAGUCAGACCCUCUACUACUCCCUCGGAGACAGUCAGACCCUCUACUACUCCCUCGGAGACAGUCAGACCCUCUACUACUCCCUCGGAGACAGUCAGACCCUCUACUACUCCCUCGGAGACAGUCAGACCCUCUACUACUCCCUCGGAGACAGUCAGACCCUCUACUACUCCCUCGGAGACAGUCAGACCCUCUACUACUCCCUCGGAGACAGUCAGACCCUCUACUACUCCCUCGGAGACAGUCAGACCCUCUACUACUCCCUCGGAGACAGUCAGACCCUCUACAACUCCCUCGGAGACAGUCAGACCCUCUACUACUCCCUCGGAGACAGUCAGACCCUCUACUACUCCCUCGGAGACAGUCAGACCCUCUACUACUCCCUCGGAGACAGUCAGACCCUCUACAACUCCCUCGGAGACAGUCAGACCCUCUACAACUCCCUCGGAGACAGUCAGACCCUCUACUACUCCCUCGGAGACAGUCAGACCCUCUACUACUCCCUCGGAGACAGUCAGACCCUCUACUACUCCCUCGGAGACAGUCAGACCCUCUACUACUCCCUCGGAGACAGUCAGACCCUCUACUACUCCCUCGGAGACAGUCAGACCCUCUACUACUCCCUCGGAGACAGUCAGACCCUCUACUACUCCCUCGGAGACAGUCAGACCCUCUACUACUCCCUCGGAGACAGUCAGACCCUCUACUACUCCCUCGGAGACAGUCAGACCCUCUACUACUCCCUCGGAGACAGUCAGACCAUCUACUACUCCCUCGGAGACAGUCAGACCCUCUACUACUCCCUCGGAGACAGUCAGACCCUCUACUACUCCCUCGGAGACAGUCAGACCCUCUACUACUCCCUCGGAGACAGUCAGACCCUCUACUACUCCCUCGGAGACAGUCAGACCCUCUCCUACUCCCUCGGAGACAGUCAGACCCUCUCCUACUCCCUCGGAGAGGAGACAGUCAGGAGUCGGACUGUUUCUCUUCUGUCUCUCUCUCAACCAGUCUGUAAACCCACAACCAGUCUGUAAACCCACAACAUAUAAAACCAGAAUAUUUCUGUUUGCCCCAAUUUUGAUUAAACAGCUUUGGUCCAUUUUGGUCUAUUUGUCUUCUGUCCCCUACCCUGUCCCCUACCCGUGUCCCCUACCCUGUCCCCUACCCGUGUCCCCUACCCUGUCCCCUACCCGUGUCCCGUACCCUGUCCCCAUGGAGGAGGAGGAGGAGGAGGUGGUGUGA